UUGAAACAUUAAAUUUGAGGAAUCUAGCAGGGAUUUGAUCAUCAAGUUCCCUUCAUUGAAGAAACUUGGAUUUCUUCAAGGAUCAAGCAGGCGAGGUACUCGCGAAUCUUUUUGGGAUAUCUCAAAAUAGAAAUUAUAGCAAACAAAUUUCGCCUGAUGGAGAAGUAAAUUUUUUGUAGUGAUGGGUGUGUCUACAUAGUGCAUUUGCUAAAAGUUUUUAAUGUAAAAUGCGCAUUCAAGCUUCAACUUGAGUCAUUUAAUUGCGUACUUUUUAUCAUUUUUGCGGAAAAGUAAUCAUACACAGCUAUUAUUAUUAUUUUUGUUCAUUUUUCACUACAAAUCCCUCCCAUUACUAUUAUUUUUCUUUUAAAAAAAAUCAUACGUAAAUUCGACAGGAUCCACACUACAACUUGUGAAGGGGGAUAGAAUUAUUUUGAUCAGACACCCUCGUUUAUGGGUUCUUGCUUUUAUUCCAAGUUUAGGAUAGGCGAACAAAUGCAAUUACCAUGGCAAUGAGAGGGAAAAGAAUACGAUGCCAUGACCCAAUGGAACCUUAACUUUAACUUUUUAAUUUUCUUCGACCACUGUUCUCUCCUCUGCAUCUUCAUCCAUUCAUUCACUAUUCAUCUUUCAUUCUUCUCACCUACAACCUGCAUUCCUUUGUGUUUUGGCUGAUUUCUGAUUUGAUUCAAUCACUAUGGCCGACGCACUGCUCAGUGUUGUGUUAGAGAAUCUAAGCUCCUUGAUCAAAGGCGAGAUUGGAUUGAUUGUCGGGGUGGAUGAUGAAAUGAAGAAGCUCGCCAGCAACUUCACCGCCAUCCAAGCAGUGCUGGAAGAUGCUGAAAAGCAGCAACUGGAAAGCCAAGCAAUACGCGACUGGCUAAUCAAGCUCACUGAUCUCACUUAUGAGAUUGAUGAUGUACUGGAUGAAUGUGCUACUCAAGUUUCGAAACAGAAAUUAAAAACGGCUGGAUGGAAAUGGAAUCCUCUUCCUGGCUUGAAAAAUAUUCUGUUUCGAGACCGAAUGGGAAGAAGGAUGAAGCAACUUGCUGAAAGGUUGGAUCAAGUUGCAGCGGAGCGUGACAAAUUUCAUCUGCGCAACAUGGAGGUUACGAGGCCGAGCUAUACUGUCCAUGCUGAGCGUGAGACGGGUGCUGUUCUAAACAAUCCUGAUAAUGUUUACGGCAGGGAAGCUGAAACGGAGAAGAUCGUGCAUAUCUUGGUGAAUGAUGUGAAGGACAAUCAAGAAUUAUCCAUCCUUCCAAUAGUAGGUCUUGGAGGCCUCGGAAAAACUACCAUUGCUCAAUUAGUCUUCCAAGAUCCUCGAGUGGUUGAGCAUUUUGACAAAAAGCUUUGGGUUUGUGUCUCUGAUGACUUUGAUCAAAAGACCUUGUUGAAGGCCAUGAUCGAAUAUGCAACUGGAAGCAGCAUGGCUUCAGAUUUGAUGCACUUGGGAUCUUUGGAAGGCCGAAUCUUCGAGUUGUUGAGCAAGAGAAGGUAUUUGCUUGUGCUUGAUGAUGUUUGGAAUGAUGAUCAGGAGAAGUGGUUCAAAUUAAAAAAUGUUCUGACGUGUGGUUCACCUGGAUCCGCCAUUAUUGUAACCACACGACAAAAGAAGGUUGCUGAAAUAAUGGGAACACUUCCGGAACACAACUUGAAAGAGUUGUCUGAAGAUCACUGUUGGUUGUUGUUCAAGCAGAGGGCUUUCCGACAAGGAGAGGAAAUACAAUUUCCAGAACUUGAAGCUAUCGGGAAGCAAAUAGUGAAGAAGUGUUGUGGUUUGCCGCUGGCUGCCAAGGUGUUGGGAGGUCUUCUACGAUUCAAGAGGACUGAAAAUGAAUGGCUUCAUGUGAAAGAAAGUGAGCUGUGGGAUUUGCCAGAAGAAGAAACUUCGAUCUUGCCUUCUUUGAGAUUAAGCUAUCAUCAUCUUCCUUUGGCGUUGAGACAGUGUUUCGCUUAUUGUUCAAUCUUUCCCAAGGAUUCUAAGAUUUAUAAACAAGACUUGAUACUCCUUUGGAUGGCUCAUGGUUAUAUUUCAUCAAAAGGAGAUUUGGAAGUGGAAGAUGUUGGUGAGCAAAUAUGGAACGAGUUAAUCCUGAGAUCACUUUUUCAAAAUCCCAUUGAUGACGAAGGAAACCCAUCGAUAGAUUCUGUCACAUUACACGAUAUUGUCCAUGAUCUUGCGCAAUCAAUCAUGGAAAACAAAGUUUCAAGAACACACUUGGGAAGUUCAUCAAAUAGCAAAAUCCGCGAGGUGAACUUGUCAAAGCAUCAAGUAGCAUUUCCUAAAAGAAAGCAACUUGAAAUGGACAUAUGUUUUGUCUUGGCAAACUAUAGACGUUUGAGGGUGUUAGAUGCAAGUUUUGAAGUUAUAGAGAAGUUUCCAUCCAAUAUAGGUAAGUUGAAGCAUUUACGAUCUUUGGAUUUAUCUGGAUCUGAUAUUUAUGGUCUGCCUGACUCAUUCUGUAGUCUUUGGCAUUUGAAGAUUUUGGUUCUGAAGUAUUGCCAAAAUCUUGUAAGGCUUCCUAAGAAGAUGAGAAACUUAAAAAAUCUCCGACAUCUUUUUUUGGAGGGAUGCCACUCAUUGAGGGAGACACCCAUUAGGAUUGGAGAGUUAACCCGCCUUAGGACAUUGGAAAUAUUCAUUGUGGGUUGUAAUAAGGGCAAUCAUCUUGAGGAAUUGGAGUUCUUGAAUUUGGGUGGCGAACUUGAAAUUCGGCAUCUUGAAAGAGUGGAGAACCCCUUAGAUGCCAUGAAAGCAAAUCUUGCUGAAAAACACAAUCUUUCUCAUUUGUUUUUGAAGUGGGAGAUCGACAAUGCAUCCAAAUUGGGGGGAGAUCAUAAAGAUGAAAAUGUGCUAGAAGCACUUCAACCUUCCCCAAAUAUCGAAAAAUUUGGUAUAAGUGGCUUCCGUGGUAGACAUUUUCCGAAUUGGAUGACCAACUUGAAGAUGGAUAAACUAGUUACACUUGUGAUAAGGAAUUGCCAAAAUUUGCUGGACCUAUUUCAAAUGGUGGAGAUGCCUCACCUUAAAUCCUUAUAUUUAGAGAAUCUAUCGAAGGUUGAGUACAUUGUUUCAGCUGGGAAUGCAACAAAGAUAAUAUUCCCAUCAUUAGAAGAUCUUGAAUUCGAUAAUGUCCAAAAUCUAAAAGGAUUCUUUAAGGAGGAAGUAGAAGAGAGUUGCCCGAAUCUUCAAACACUUAUUGUUUGCAGGUGCCCUUCAUUGGUCUUGCCGGAGCUUUCGCAAUUAAAAAAGUUGAAGAAAUUGGCAUGCGACAGUAGUUUAAGUUUGGCUUCAUUUUCUAAGCUGGAAAAUCUCAAUCAUCUUUCUGUUAGGAUUGCUGAGGAUAUGAAGUUUAUUCCCCAUGAGUUGCUGGAAUGCUUCCCUAAUCUGGAGAAUUUGGGUAUUUGGAAUGCCGAUGAACAUUGUAUCUCCAUGGAAGUGCUGCAAGGUUUAAACUCCCUCAAGUUUUUGGGUAUAUAUUCGAGUGAGAAGUUGACAUGUUUGCCCGGGAUAUGGUUCUCCCACGCCACGACUCUUGAACAUUUGUAUGUAGAAUCUUGUGCUAAUUUGGUAGACCUGCCGAUGGAAAUCAAAUAUGUUGACACCAUUAGGGAAGUCACUCUUAGCAACCUUCCAAAAAUGGUGUGCAUACCCGAAGCCAUCAGACACCUCUCCUCACUGCAAAAUCUAAAUCUGGGGGACCUUCAAGAGCUUACCUCUCUGCCAGAAUGGUUGGGUGACUUGACAACUCUUCGUCAUCUGUUUAUCCUUUCAUGUCCAAAGCUUGCAUCACUUCCUUCAUGUAUCCAAAGAAUGACAAAUAUCCAGUCUCUUUAUGUGAUAUUCUGCCCGAAGAUACACAGGAGAUGCAAGGAGGGGAUAGGAGAGGAUUGGCACAAGAUAGCCCAUAUUCCUAAUCUGGACAUUAAAUAGAUACCUCUGCUCAUUCUUCUGUGCUAAUUGCCUUCAUCGCCCCUGCUGCCGCCAUUACUGCCUCUUGCUGUUACCUCCAGCUGCAGUAGAGUUGCUGCUGUGGUCAUCUUCCAGUCACUGUCUUCUAAUUUGCUGCAGCCUGUUCCUCUGGUAAUCAGUUUGAUUUGUGUUUCUCUCAUAUGUUGGGGUGUAAUUAUUCGAUUAUUGCUAAUUGAUCUGGUUUGAUUUGGACAGUUCAGAUUUACUCGAUUUGAAAGUUUUAGUUCCCACAAAACAGUCUCUGUCUAAUUGUGUUGUUCUGGGUCGGUUGAAGUUUAAAUAAGCUAACUUAUGUAAGUGAAGACAUUGUCUUCCUUUAAUACACUUGCUCCAUUUAAAAUCAUUCGAUGUUUUACCAUAUCGAGGAAUAAUUUUGAUUAGGGUACUAAUUUUUUUUUUUUUUAUUUAUGACGUGGGAAUCGCCCGCCGCAGCUACUCUUCGAGUGCGCUUUGUGUAAACUCUGGCCGAACAAUACUAAUUUGGAUAUAUAUGAUA